AUGCCAUCGUCACACGUGUCGCAGUACUCCUUCGCGGGCAGAGAUCCAGGCGAGCAGAUUAACUGUCAAAGUGGACGUUCGUACACGGUCGUGGAGAGCAUCUCAUAUGGAGGAUUUGGAGCUGUGUACAAGGUCAAGGCGGACUGGAGGAAAGGGGGCCUGUUCGCAAUGAAGGAGGAGCGACGAAAUCCGAGACGCAACCAUUUUAAGCUUGUCAUGGAGAUCCGAGUACUGGAAGCAGCCAAAGGAGUGUCAAAGGAGCAGCAGAAGCACUUCCCAAUUUUGUACGACAGGAGCGUUGAGGUGCGGUCGUUCAUGUUCAUAGUGAUGUCGCUUCUAGGCGAAUCACUUGAGGAUCUCAAGUAUCGGCGAGCGCACAAAAUCUUCAGUAUGAACACAGGACUGUACUGCGCCCUCGAAACUCUGGAAGCAAUCAAGGACAUGCACGCGCUCGGAUUUGUUCAUCGGGACAUCAAACCUGCCAACUUUGUUUUAGGGCUGGCCAGAACUGGUUCUCAGAAUGUGGUAUACGUUGUGGAUUUUGGUCUCAGCAGGAAGAUAGUGGGCGCUGAUGGGACGGUUGCCAUCCCCCGGUCCAAGGCUAGUUCGCAAUAUUCUUUGAUUGUCAGAUUCAAAGGAACAAUUCGGUUCGCUCCACUGGCCAUGCACAGAAGCGAGGAGUCUGGCCGCAAGGAUGACUGUGAGAGUUGGCUUUACAUGCUCGCCGACAUGAUCAAUAAGAACAAGCUGCCAUGGUACGAAGAAGAGAACCUCAACAACGUGCGGGAAAUGAAAGAAGGUGUUUUCGCAAAUCCGUCAACACUCUUCCCAGGGCAGGAGUUCGGUGAAUUUCGACACAUCAUGUCGUACUUAGCAAAACGGCAUUACGUCGACAAACUCGACUACGAUUGGCUGCGAGAGAUGGUCCGGCGAGUGGCAAAGAGGAGACGCUGCAGCCUUCACCCGGCGUUUGACUGGUCCAGCUGA